UUCCUGGUCAAACCCGGAUGAGAUCCCGCGGGCCCAUCCCUGUGGUCUCGUUUGUGGCCAAACCAAAACGCCUCUUCUCUUUCCCCUUCGCCGCGGCUCGCGAGUCGCGACGGCAAGGUAGCAAACACUGCUUAGGGUUCUCUCUCUCUAGCAUCUUCUCUCUCUGUCCCCCAAGCGCGUGGAGCACGAGCCCUUGGUAGAUCCCGAUGGCCUCGCGACGGCGCACGCUCCUCAAGGUCAUCAUCCUCGGCGACAGCGGGGUCGGGAAGACUUCGCUGAUGAACCAAUAUGUGAACAAGAAGUUCAGCAAUCAGUACAAGGCUACGAUCGGCGCCGAUUUCCUCACCAAGGAGGUCCAGUUCGAGGACAGGCUCUUCACUCUUCAGAUAUGGGAUACUGCUGGACAGGAAAGGUUUCAGAGUCUUGGUGUUGCAUUCUAUCGUGGAGCUGAUUGUUGUGUUCUAGUUUAUGAUGUUAACUCUAUGAAGUCAUUUGAUAAUCUGAACAACUGGCGUGAAGAAUUUCUAAUUCAGGCUAGCCCAUCUGAUCCCGAUAACUUCCCUUUUGUUCUGCUUGGAAACAAAGUUGAUAUUGAUGGUGGCAACAGCCGUGUGGUCUCUGAGAAAAAGGCAAAGGCUUGGUGUGCCUCAAAAGGCAACAUACCUUACUUUGAGACAUCUGCAAAAGAAGGAACUAAUGUGGAAGAUGCUUUUCAAUGCAUGGUAAAAAAUGCCCUAAAGAAUGAACCUGAAGAAGAAUUGUACGUGCCUGACACUGUCGAUGUGGUGGGUGGCAAUCGGACCCAAAGGUCAUCAGGCUGCUGUUAGUUGAUGGUCUUCGGAGGCCACAUCAAUUAUUCAAUAUCCAGUCCUUAGCUCCUGUAUAAUGUCAUGGUUCUGUAUUUCAUUUGUGACCUUAAUCGAUCACCCCUUAUGUAUGAAAUCAAGAAUUCAUGCAUCUGUUCUCGAAUUGUCACAUUACUUGCUGUGCAGUUUAUCAGUGUAUUUAUCAUGCAUGUGAAUACACUGCGAAUAAUAUUGUUACAUACCAGUCUGUGCAGUUUAUCAGUGUAUUUGUCUUGUGAAUACACUAUGGUUAAUAUUGCCAAAUAACAGUUUUCUGAUAAUGCAUGUA